UAUUACGGCCGUCAUUAUUUUUUGUUUAUUUUUAUUCAUGUACCGCGGUAUCUGUCGUAUAUUAUUUUAAUUCGUUUUCUGUUUAUUAACGCUUAAGUACUUGAUUUUUCCACCGUUCUCGCCGACCCGCCAAAAUAUUCAAAACGGACGUAUUUUGAAAAACACACCAAUUCAAGCGCGCGAAAAAUCGUAUUUUUAAUCGCGUCGAAAAAAAUGCAUGCCAAACACCGAUUGUUUUAUGUCUUAACCGCCACAGUUUUUCGUUGUACGGUAUUCGAUUUUUGUUGAAACGAUUUUUAUUUUUAUUUUUUUUAACCAUCACUAUAUAAUCACUUAAAUCUCCGCGGUUUUUGUUUUGUUUGUUUUGUUUUAUUUUAUUUUUAUUUUUAUCAAAACACACAUUAUUUUAAACACAGUUUAUAUUGACGUCUACUCGCCAUUCAAAAGAUUUCUCAGGACCAACAAAAUCGAUCCAAAAUUAUCUGUGUCCGCGGAGCACUAAAUCGACGUACACGAAAAAGGGGCGGAUUUCGCGUGCCCGACCAAGUGAUCGCGACGACCGUCACCAGCACCAGCAAAAGCAGAAUAUCCAACGCCAGCAGCAGCAGAACCGUCAACCGUACAGGUACCGGAAAAACCGUGACCGCGGUUGGACCAACGAGUGCGACACAGUCAGCGAAUCGGUCGUCAACCACCGGACAAAUCGUCCACCGUUGACCGUAGGACGGUUGCGCGUCGACGACCACCGUUGUUGUCACCAACAAGAAGACCGUCGUCACCACUGUCGAUUGCCGCACCAGCAGAAGCACCGCUAUCAGACCGACGGAGACGAUGACGGCGUGCCGCGACGUUGCACUUGUCGGUGGCCACUAGAAGCCGCGCCACACGGCAGUCCGACGGUACACCACACCGGUGUGUAAUUACGGUACAUCGAACACCACACGUUUUAGCGACCGCGGUCCAGUGUCAGCGGCCGGCAAAGUGGAGGGCAAUUGCGGCGACCUGUUGAACAUGAGCUCGUACUUUGCCAACUCGUACAUGCCGUCCGACAUGCGGAACGGCGGAGGCGGCGGCAGCGGAGGAAGCCUCGUCGGAGGCGGUAGCGGCGGUGGCGGCGUGCUCGGCGGCGUCGGCGGAAUCGUCGGCGGCGGGGGCGGCGGCGGCGGCGGCGUGGUCAUGGACCACCACCACCACGGCCAGCAGCACUACGUGGACAACGCGCCGUGCGACCCGACCGCCCGGCAGGGCAUACCGCCGCAUCACUACGUGGGGCCCACGGUCGGCGGACAGCCGCCCCAGGGCAUGCCGUACCCGCGGUUUCCGCCCUACGACCGGAUGGAGAUCCGGCAGGCGGCCGCGGCGGCCGGCUACUACAACAACCACCACCAGUCGUCCAUGGACGGCUACAGCAGGCCCGAGUCGCCCAUCGGCGGAGGCUUGGUCGGCGGUGGUGGCGGCGGCGGGGGCGGCGGCAUGGGCCAGAUGACCAUGAACGGCCACACGCCCGUCGUGUACGCCACGUGCAAGCUCCAGGCCUCGGUGGCCAACGGCCUCGUCGAGCCGGGUAGCCCCACCGACAUGGUCGACAUGACCAACCACCACCAGCAGCAGCAGAUGACGGCCGCCGGUCACCACCAUCACCAACAGCAGCAGCAGCAGCACCACCAUUCGGCACCGCCGCCACAAUCGCACCACCAACAGCAGCAGCAACAGCAGGCGUACUUCAGCAACCUGAGUCCGCACCACCACCAGCAGCAACAGCAGCAAUCCGUCGUCCCGUCGACGCCCGGACACCACAACCAGGUCGUGGUCAAUCCGCACCAGCAGACGCCGCCGCUGCAGACGCCUACCGCCCAGAAUCAACAGGCGGUCAACAACAAUUCGUUGCCGAGUCCACUGUACCCGUGGAUGCGAAGCCAAUUCGGUCCAGACUCAGAGCGGAAACGCGGCCGGCAGACGUACACCAGAUACCAGACGCUGGAGCUGGAGAAGGAGUUUCAUUUCAACCGGUAUUUGACCCGGAGGCGGCGGAUUGAAAUCGCGCACGCACUGUGCUUGACCGAGAGGCAAAUAAAGAUAUGGUUCCAGAACCGGCGGAUGAAAUGGAAAAAAGAAAACAAGACCAAGGGCGGCGACGGCCAAGGUGGCGACGGUAGUGAUAUCACACCGCAAACAUCGCCACAGUAAUUACGUCGCGACUUCUCGUCAUUAUUAAAAUUAUUAUUAUUAUUAAUAUUAUUAUUAUUAUUAUUAUUAUUAUUGUUACUGUUGUACUUGUACACGCGUGUGAGUAAAGGUGAAAAGGUCUACAGUUUUCCGAGUGCCGUACGCGCGUGUGCGUGUUGCAGAGUGUCUUAUGGGCGCGCGCACUUUCGAUUGUGCGUGUUUGUGUUAGCGUUUGAGUGUGAGCAAGUGCGCGCGUGCUCUGUCCAUAGUCGUCGAAAUGAGAUGCGAUGUAUGCAGGACGAUGGUGGACUUUGACAUUUAUCGUGUAUACUUUGAAAAAGAAAUUCCAAAUGAUAAUAAUAAUAAUUAUACACUAUCGCUCUGUACAGUUAAAUAUAUAUUAUAAUAUUGGUCACUAUAUUACAAUAUUGUUACUAUGGUAACAGAGCGGGGUUUAGAUGGUAAACAAUAAUAUUUUUUUAAACAAUAAUCUUCUUAUUGCAUAUUGAAAAAAUAAAACAAAAUAACAUACAAAAAAUUUUGACAUUUCUUUCUGGGUAUAUGACAUUUAUAUAUAUAUAUACGCAAAAAACGUAUUUUAAAUCAUUUUUUUCAAUUUUUGAAAAUAGGAAAACGUCUUUUUAUCAAUUUUUAUCAUACUGACGGCAAUACUAUAUAAUAUAUAAUUACGUGUAAAAUUUUCCUUCGCUUAGGAAAUUUAUUCUAAGAUUGUGUCUAAGUCAUUAUGUUGUAGGUUUUUUUUUUUUUUAGUUCUCGUUUAAGUUUUAUUUAGUUCUAAGCAGACAAAUAAUAACGAUAGCAAUGAUGACGUAAUUUUUUUUUUCAAAUAUCCAAAGAAAAAUGGCAUAAUGCUCGCUGGUUUACCACGAAGUAGUUUCCGCUAUUCGCGUGGGUACACACACACACACAAAUAUAAAUAUAUGCGAUAUGGAUAUGUAAUUUUAAUUAAAGUACACUAAGUAAUACAUUAUAUCGUUUUAAUAUUUUAAGAUAUUUUGUUAUGAGCGUAUCGUCGCGGUCGAUGAUAUGCGUUCGGGAUCUCAAAACCAGCUCAAAUAACUCGUUCUCGAUAAUAAUAAUAAUGUGUAUCUAACAUAUUUGUCUUAUCUUAACAUACGUGUUGUACACAAUACAUAAUACAUACCUAGAGAUAUUGUGUAACAUAUUAAGUUGUAUAUAAUAUGUGUAUUAGUGUUUGUUUGUGUAUGUGUGUGUGUGUGCGCAUGUGUAUUAGCGGUUAUGUCAAUAUAUCGGUUUAAAAUUCCAGGACCAGUUGUUGUUUGUUUGUUUUUAUUUUUUAUUCAACUUAUAGUGCCAUUAGGAAUUA